AUGAAGUUUGGCACGCAGCUCACCAAUGCUCUAAAUCCAGAGUGGAAGUUUUACUAUCUUGACUACGAUGAAUUAAAACAUCUACUCAAGACUGGAACGGCAGAUGCACAGUUUUCAGAGAAGCACGAGGCUGUGUUUGUCGAGGCACUUGAGAGAGAGCUUGAGAAGGUAAACUCUUUUUGCCAGAUCAAAGCAGAUGAACUUAGUCGCCGUGUCCAGCAUUGUGAAACAUCGGUCGAUGCAGUUAUCAAGAGUUCCGAAGCUGAAGGCACAGAGAUUGAUGACGGCCGUUUCCAGCUUGUCGAGGAUGAGAUCUCGCGUAUUACUAUCGAGGUGGGCGAGCUAUCCAAGUUUGUGCGUUUGAAUUACUCUGGAUUCCUAAAGAUUCUCAAAAAGCAUGAUAAGCAUACAUCGUAUGUUCUCAAGACUAUGUUCAUGGUUCGUUUAAACGCAAAGCCCUUUUACAAGCAAAACUUUGACAGCAUGAUUAUUCGCCUUUCUGGUAUCUACGACACGCUUCGAACUGGCGGCAAAAGUGCAAAGACUGCUCCUCCAUCUGGCGCUUCGCAAAGCUAUGUUCGUCGCACAACCAAGUAUUGGGUGCAUCCAGACAAUGUCACUGAAGUUAAAAUUCACAUUCUCAAGAAUCUUCCCGUUCUUGUAUUUGCUUCCAAGGACAGCAAGGCUGCAGAUCCAGCCAUUUCUUCAAUUUAUUUUGAUAACGAUUCGUUUGAUCUAUAUCUUGGUCGUUUGGAAAAGCAUGAGGGUGCUGAAGCUAUUCGUCUGCGUUGGUAUGGAAACAUGGAUCAAACCGAGGUUUUUGUUGAGCGCAAGACCCAUCGUGAAGACUGGACCGGAGAGACUUCAAUAAAGGCUCGAUUUUCUAUCAAAGAAAAAUACGUGAAUGCCUACCUCAAGGGUGACUAUACUAUGGAUCGUACCAUUGAAAAGAUGCGCGUGCGCGGACUCAAGUCUGAAAAGGAUCUUGAGGAGCUCCAAGCACUCUCAUCUCAGGUGCAGCAAACUGUUGGCGUCAAGGGACUGAAACCCAUGGUUCGCACCUUUUACAAUCGCACUGCUUUCCAACUGCCUGGAGAUGCUCGUGUUCGUAUUUCUCUUGAUACCGAGCUUACCAUGAUUCGAGAGGACAACUUUGGUCGUCCUCGUUCUGGUGACAACUGGCGUCGCAUGGAUGCUGGCACCAUUGCCCCCUUUUCUCAUUUGCCAGAAGAGGAUCUAUGUGCUUUUCCCUAUGCCGUUUUGGAGGUAAAACUUCAGACUCAGCACGGCACUGAGGCUCCUGCGUGGGUCACAGAGCUGAUCAACAGCCAUCUUGUUGAAGAGGUUCCCAAAUUCUCCAAGUUUAUUCACGGUGUGUCUACUCUGCUUGAAAAUCGUGUUUCUCUUUUGCCUUUUUGGCUUCCUCAGAUGGACAGAGAUAUUCGCAAGCCUGCUCCAGCUCGGCCUGCCAGUGUCAGCACAUUUAUUGAAACUCGCCCCAAACGUUCUAAACUUAAUCUUAAAAACGGAAGCGAUACUUCAGGAGAGGACCGUAUUGAAGUUCUUAUUGAUGAGGGUGGUCCAUCCACUUUUGGUUCAAACAACAGGGAUCAUCAGUGUGAUGAUGAUGAUUCUAGAGAAACCUCUCCACUUCUUGGUCGUGGCUCGAGUGCACCACGCAAGCCACAGCCCGCAAUCAAUUGGUGGACUGGAAUGGGCAUGGGAUCUAUUUUCCAAGCUCCUCCAUCAGUCACUGCCAAUGGCAUUCCUACUCAACAUUUGCAAAAACGGAUUGCGCUUCCUGUGCGUGUAGAGCCCAAGGUGUUUUUUGCCAACGAACGUACUUUUCUUUCAUGGCUGCAUUUCUGCAUUGUUCUUGGUGGCCUUGCACUCGGUCUUCUCAAUUUUGGUGAUGCAGUGGGCCAGAUUUCUGGAUUGGUCUUUACUCUUGUGUCGAUGAUGUUUAUGAUUUAUGCUCUGCUGCUGUUUCAAUGGCGUGCACACAAGAUUCGUACCCGCGAUGCUGGCCCAUACGACGACCGUGUUGGCCCCACUGUUCUCGUGUUUUCUCUAUUUCUUGCCGUUAUCAUCAACUUUUAUCUCAAGUUUUCCCAGCAUUAAUUGAAGUUUCCAACACUUUAUUUUGUAAAAGACGGAUGACGGCAAUCUAUAUUAAUUUUACUUUUGAUGGUCAACCGUGCCUAGUUGUUUUACUCCUAUAACCCCUCAUACUUUUCGUAUUGUCGCUUUCUGCAUUUGAAUUUAGAUAUUCGGAUGGUGGCCAGUACGAUUCAAACCCAUUUAUCUUUACCAUUGCUCCAGUGUUUAUUUGCUUUUCUUUAUUUGUUGGCAUUAGCAUAUACUAAAAUGUUUGAAUACAAUACAAUAAAAUAUCGAAUAUUUUG